GAGAAUGCAGUUAGCCAGGAGCCUGCAGAAAUUCCUCCAAGCAGAGGGUGGCUCGUAGGAGGAGUUCAGUUUGCUAAGUAAGUACUGUCAUUUGCUGAAAGAAGGUGUGUGCUCCAGAGGGAGUUUUAACCUGGAGGAUCAUUAAGUCUUUCAGUCAGCUGGUGAGCGGCAGUGGCUGGGCAAGUUCAGUUCGUCCUGGACGCAUCUGCUCCAGAAGGUCAGGGAGGAGUGGAAUCACUUUUCCAUGGGGGACCACUUUGAGAAGGGCCAGCAAGCUUUGCUCAAUGAAGGAGAAGAGAAUGAGAUGGAGAUAUUUGGCUACCGGACUCAGAGCUGCCGGAAAACCCUCUGCCUUGCUGGAUCUAUCUUCUCCUUUGGGAUCCUCCCCUUGGUGUUUUACUGGAGACCCGCUUGGCACGUGUGGGCAAAUUGCAUCCCGUGUUCCUUGCAAGAAGCAGACGUCGUGUUGCUGAGGACAACAGAUGAAUUCCAAACUUACUCUUGGAAAAAGGUAGUGUGGAUCUGCCUGUCAGCAUUGAACAGUGCAUUUCGGCUCAUUCCUGAUCACCCUCUCAUCACAGAUGAGGAAUAUAUCAUAAAUAGAGCCAUAAGAAAGCCAGACCUAAAGGUGAGAUGCAUAAAAGUGCAGAAAAUAAGAUAUGUUUGGAACAACUUAGAAGGACAGUUCCAGAAAAUUGGCUCUUUGGAAGACUGGCUCAGUUCUGCCAAGAUACAUGUAAAGUUUGGAUCAGGUCUAACAACAGAAGAACAAGAGAUUAGGAGGUUAAUAUGUGGGCCAAAUACGAUCGAUGUUGAAAUCACACCCAUCUGGAAACUGCUCAUCAAGGAGGUUUUAAAUCCAUUUUACAUAUUUCAGCUCUUCAGUGUCUGUCUGUGGUUUAGUGAAGACUAUAAGGAGUAUGCUUUUGCUAUCGUAAUCAUGUCUAUCAUUUCCAUCGCUUUGACCGUAUAUGAUCUCAGAGAGCAAUCUGUAAAGCUCCACCAUUUAGUUGAAUCACAUAAUAGCAUUACAGUCUCUGUAUGUGAGAAAAAGGCUGGAGUCCAGGAGCUGGAAUCACGCUUCCUGGUACCUGGAGAUCUAUUAAUUUUGACGGGGAACAAAGUGCAAAUGCCGUGUGAUGCCAUCCUGAUAGAUGGAAGCUGUGUGGUAGAUGAAGGCAUGCUGACAGGAGAAAGUAUUCCGGUCACUAAAACUCCAUUACCUAAGAUGGAUAGCUCUGUGCCCUGGAAAACGCAGAGUGAAGCGGAUUACAAACGGCAUGUCCUCUUCUGUGGAACAGAGGUUAUCCAGGCCAGGGGGGCUUGCUCUGGCGCCGUGAAAGCAGUAGUCCUGCAGACAGGAUUCAACACUGCAAAGGGGGACCUCGUGAGAUCUAUUCUGUACCCGAAGCCGAUGAAUUUUAAGCUCUACAGGGAUGCCAUCAGGUUCCUCCUGUGCCUCGUAGGGACAGCCACCAUCGGGAUGAUCUAUACUUUGUGCGUCUAUGUGCUCAGUGGGGAACCUCCGGAGGAGGUGGUGAAGAAAGCCCUUGAUGUCAUCACAAUUGCGGUUCCUCCCGCUCUACCUGCUGCCCUGACCACAGGCAUUAUCUAUGCCCAGCGGAGGCUGAAGAAGAGAGGCAUCUUUUGUAUUAGCCCCCAGAGGAUUAAUGUAUGUGGACAAUUAAACCUUGUCUGCUUUGACAAGACAGGUACCUUAACAAGGGAUGGCUUGGAUCUCUGGGGAGUCGUGCCCUGUGAUAGGAGUGGCUUCCAGGAAGUCCACAGCUUUGCCUCGGGCAAGGCUCUGCCAUGGAGCCCACUGUACGCAGCCAUGGCCAGCUGCCAUUCUCUGAUCCUCCUGGAUGGGACCAUCCAUGGAGACCCACUGGACCUCAAAAUGUUUGAAGCUACUACCUGGGAAAUGGUGGUUUCCGGGCAUGAUUUCCACAUCAAGGGAGCGCCAGCAUGCGCCAUGGUUGUUAAGCCCUGCAAAACAGCCAGCCAGGUCCCAGUGGAAGGAAUCGCAAUCCUGCAUCAGUUCCCAUUCUCAUCAGCGCUGCAGAGGAUGACAGUCAUUGUCCAAGAGAUGGGGGGUGACUGGCUGGCGUUCAUGAAAGGUGCACCAGAGAGGGUGGCCAGCUUUUGCCAACCUGAGACAGUACCAACUAGUUUUGUUAGUGAACUUCAGAUUUACACGACACAGGGCUUCCGGGUCAUAGGACUGGCCUACAAAAAGCUGGAAAUGGACCAUCAUACCACUGCCUUGAUGAGGGACCAGGUAGAAUCAGACCUGAUAUUUCUGGGAUUGCUGAUCUUGGAGAAUCGACUGAAGGAAGAGACAAAACCUGCCCUGGAAGAGCUCAUCUCAGCCCGGAUAAGGACUGUAAUGAUCACAGGUGACAAUCUUCAGACUGCAAUAACAGUGGCCAGAAAGUCUGGAAUGGUUUCUGAAAGCCAGAAAGUCAUUCUCAUUGAAGCAAAUGAAACUACUGAGUCCUCAUCAGCAUCUAUAUCUUGGCAGUUAGUCGAAGAGAAGAAACAUAUUGCUUAUAGGAAUCAGGACAAUUACAUUAACAUCAGGGAAGAAGUCUCUGAUAACAGCAGAGAGGGAAGUUACCAUUUUGCCCUAAGUGGAAAAUCCUUCCAGGUUAUAAGUCAGCAUUUCAGCAGCCUACUGCCAAAGAUAUUGAUCAAUGGGACCAUCUUUGCAAGAAUGUCUCCAGGGCAGAAAUCCAGUCUGGUGGAAGAAUUUCAGAAACUAGAUUACUUUGUAGGUAUGUGUGGUGACGGAGCCAAUGACUGUGGGGCUUUGAAAAUGGCUCACGUGGGCAUCUCUUUAUCAGAGCAGGAGGCAUCUGUGGCCUCACCUUUCACUUCCAAAACUCCAAACAUUGAAUGUGUACCUCACCUUAUCAAGGAAGGACGUGCAGCUCUCGUUACCUCAUUUUGCAUGUUUAAGUACAUGGCUCUGUACAGCAUGAUUCAGUAUGUUGGUGUUCUGCUGCUCUACUGGGAGACAAACAGCCUUUCAAAUUACCAGUUUCUGUUCCAGGAUCUGGCCAUUACAACUCUUAUUGGUGUAACAAUGAAUUUGAAUGGUGCCUAUCCCAAGCUGGUGCCUUUCAGACCUGCAGGACGGCUGAUCUCCCCGCCUCUGCUGCUCUCUGUGAUUCUCAACAUUCUUCUCAGCCUGGCCAUGCACAUUGUGGGCUUCAUUCUGGUUCAGAGGCAGCCUUGGUAUUCCGUGGGGAUGCACAGUACCUGCACAGUGCAAAAUGAGACCAUCUCAAAGUUAACCAUUUCUCCAACUGCUCCAGAUAAGAUCGGAAGUAAUGGUGUCUUCACAAGUUUUGAGAACACUACUGUAUGGUUCUUGGGAACAAUCAACUGUAUCAUUGUGGCUCUUGUCUUCUCUAAAGGAAAACCAUUUAGGCAGCCCACAUACACAAACUAUAUAUUUGUCCUUGUGCUGGUCAUACAGCUGAGUGUGUGUCUAUUCAUUCUAUUUGCCGAUAUUCCAGAAUUAUAUAGGCGUCUGGAUCUGCUCUGCACUCCUGUCCUGUGGAGGGUCUACAUUGUCAUUAUGCUCGGCUCCAAUUUCAUCGUGUCCCUUGCCGUGGAGGAGGCCAUCAUUGAAAAUAGAGCCCUGUGGAUGAUAAUCAAAAGAUGUUUUGGCUAUCAAUCAAAAAGCCAGUAUCGGAUAUGGCAGAGGGCCUUGGCAAAUGACCCCAGUUGGCCCCCCAUAAACCAGACCUCCUACUCUGACAUGCCGGCGUGUGGCAGGGGAGUGUCUUAUAGCAACCCGGUGUUUGAGAGCAACGAGGAGCAACUUUGAAGGCAAUGUGAUAUCCGAGUUUAUAUAACAUAGUAACGAUGACAAAAGGGGCCAGUUUCAGUGAUUUGUUUUUAAGCAGUGAGACUCUUACAAUAUCAGCUAGAGUUUUUGGAAUCAAAAACCCCCUGCCCAAUCAUGGUGACAAAUUAAAGUCUUUUUGAUAAAAUACUUUCUACAGAGCAGAACACUGCCCUAGGAGAGUGUUUUUCUCUUGGCUUCUGAAAGUAUUAGAGAUGUUCAGUGAUUCAAGAAUGGUCCACGGAUGGCCAUGGGCCAAGAGAUUGAGAGGCUAAAGGAGAAGGAGAGUACGUAGUCUUUCUUCUUAGAUAAUAUAUUUUUUAAAUAAGUUGAGGGAAGGUAGCAUAGAAUUGUAAACAUGUUAAAGAUCAUUUUUGAAUUCUUAUUUCAUUGAUGGAAAAACAAAUGCAUGAGAACCAUCACACCACUCUUCACUGUCUGGUUUCCUUUCCUUUCUGGUACUUUUCAGAUUUGAGAUGUUUCCUUCCAUUUCUGGCCUUCCCCUAAGUAUUAGUAAGGAUAGGCUUAGCCGAGGCUGCAAUAACAAACAGCUCCGGUAUCUCAGUGUCUUAACACUCAAGAGCUUCUGUCUUGAGCCGGGUGGCCCUUUAGAAUAGCCCUCCUCGGAGUGGCGACUGCUCCAAUCUGAUGGCUCCACCGACUCAACACAAGGACGCCAGGUAUAUUGCAAUGGGGAAGGAGGAUGGGAGCUCUUCACUGUGUCAAAGUGGUACACAUCUCUCCCAUCACUCACACCACACUAACCAGGGAUUUGGCAAAGAAACUGGGAAGCACAGUCUCCUGUAUUUAGGGCUGGCUUCAUGGGCAUACAAUCUGGCAGUCGCAUAGGGCCUCAUGCUCAGAAAGGUCCCAUUGUUGGUUUAAUACUCUGCUAUUGGCAUCUUGAAAGUGCUUAUUUUUAAUAAGCGUCCCCCAAAUUACAUAGUUGGUCUGGCUUAUGUUCCUGGAAAAGAAAGGAAAGUAGCACAAAUCAAAGAGCACUAGAACUGUCCCCUAACCUCUGGCUCCUGACUCUGUGGACGUCUGUGUUUUAGGAACCCCGCGUCUCGUGUGCCCAAUUCCAGGAAUUUUUCCUCCUCUGCUCCAUUAUUUUUGAGAAAAGUUAAUCUUGUGCUACAACAUUAUAUGUUAUCAUUAACAUAAGUCCUCAUACAACGUCCGCAUUUCUUAAGCCUGAGGCUUUAGAUUUCAGAAAACAAAAAUUUCCCUUAUUUUAUCCUUAGUACAGUUUGGUUAUAUUGAGCUCAGCAGACAACACUGAGUUCUAGGUAAACUUCCACAAAUAGUAUUUGAAAGCAAAAGCAACAUGUUCAUGACAAACAUCAAAUCCUAAGUGAAUGUUCCGGGCAGGGAGUGAGUCCCUGGCUGGUUGGCUACUUAAGAGCAUCUGCAAGCAUUCCCUUACCCGGCUUAACUCCUGAGCGUGGUUCUGGAACACGGUGCAGAUAAUUCUGGAACAUGGUGUUUCUCAGCCACAAAGUUACCUUGUCGUUUCUGGUUUUAAAAUAGGGUGUGAAGAAUCAUUAGAGCAGGCUGCAGGAUCUUUGUCUUAGUACAGAAAGAAAUGUUUCCUUUGACAAAGUCAGCCUUGGCAGUGAUAUGGAAGCUCUGAAUGUCUUUUUCUAAAACUGAUAGUUGUUCUCAUUUUUCGAAAGUUGUGGGCAGGGGCAAGCUGGAGAUAGUCUGCAGCGUAGUGACAAGCGAGUGUGGGGUGCACCGUUCAGACUCUGAAAAUCCGCUCACCAAGUGCUGUCACCUCCACUAGCCAUCUGAAUUACACAAUCCUCCUGGAACUCAGACAAGGAAGGGCUUCCCAUCAGCAUUUUACAGAUGAGAAAGCUGAGAUUCAGGGUGAGGAGAGCACACCCAGACCUUGGACACAAAUCUUCAGCGAACCUGAUGUUACCUCCAAAUACCUCCUAAUUACUAAGCUCCAACAGGGCAGGGGUGCGUGGUGUGAUCUCACAGUCAAACAAAGAGUGAAUUUCUUCUUUGCCAGGUGCAAGGAGGCAAGCCUUUGCUAAUACCAGGGCCUUCUGUUCAAAUGAAUGCAAGGCAUCCUGCCAGCCUUAGACUAGAGGUGUGUUAAAAACAAAACCAACCCCCAAACCACAGGUGUCUGUUUUUCUGCAAUUCUGAGCUGCUUUUAUCUUGAUCUGAAGUGAUUCCAUCCUCAGCAGAGGGAACAGGGACGGAGGACUCUAGCUCCUCACCAGCCAAACAGCCAUAAAACCUUGGCCAAAAGGGACUCAUUCUAAAGAUCGUUCCUGAGAUGAACUACAUCUUAGAGGCAGUGAGUGAAAGACCAGGAAGUGCUUAGCCUGGAAAAAUGGGUAUUCAGGGGACGCCAGAAUGGUAGUCAAACACUUGAAGGAGUUCCCGUGAGAGAGAAAGCUCUGACCUGGAUCCGGUGUCACCACCAGUGGGUGAAGAGCACGAUGGGAGUGGCUUCAGGCUGACACGAAGACCACUACCCUAACAGUCAGCACUGCCAGAGGUGGAAGUUGGUGACCUCUGUGUGCACUCCGUGACAUUGGUGGUUGCAGCAGAUAUUUAAAGACCAAUUCGCAAGGGAAGUCAAGUAUCAGAUGAAACUCAAUUACCUGCAGGAUUCCUUUCAGGCUUGAUACACCCAGUGUCUCAGUGUCACGCUGGGAUGCGAACCUUUUAUGACUGCUGCCCACACAGAAUAUCAGACUGACCUUGUGGGGGGCUAGGCUGGGGAGGUCCCAUGGUGAGGAUGCACAGACUGAUUGCUCUGUACCUUGGAAGGUGGCUUCUGAUGGGACAGGAACCUAGACAAAAGUUGCACAGAGCGGGGCCCUGACUGCCAAAUUGACAACUGGGGGAUACUUCUGAUGUGAGUAUUUUCUCAGAAAGAGGUCUUUGAAAAUUUUGAGAAAAAGAACAUGGGACAGUGCCCCAAACCCAAGGGCAGUGCUACCUGUGCCCGAUAUGCUUUCCUGACCAGGCCUUGGAGGAGAAAAGGACAUAGUCACCUGGUCCAAACCACUUGGGAGUGUCCCUUGUAUGUUUACUCCAAGGUAUACGGCUCUUACCCAUAGAGAAGAACCCUGACUCCAGGCUCGCCUUGCUAAAUAUGGAAUGAUGGAAAUAGAGAAUGGAAGUACGGCUGUGCCUUGUACGUCCUUAUGUGCUCACAGAAGUGUGCGUUACACACUUGCAGAUGCGAUGACUGGAAAAAGGGAUUAUAUAUUCAGAGGCUUUUAUGUUGUUUAUGCGAUAAUAAUUUAUUCUGUACGAAGGAGGCAAGUAAAAUCUAUCAUCCUGUUGUUCUAAAAUCAGUCUCUCUUUCUCCGCAGUGAAGUCUUUCAUUCUGGAUAAUAAAAUGGUGUGGUCUCCUCCAGUAAUGCUGAGUCAAAGCAACAUCUUUACAAAGUCCCAGGCAUUUCUAACACUGCAGAUGCUAUUAUUCCCUGCUUUGUUACAGGACGUUACAGUCUCCAAAACACCUGUACACUCGUGCUUUCAUUUAAGCCACAUAACAGUCUUAGGAGGAAGGCAGGGCAAGGACUACUAUCCUCCUUCUUUUCAUGAGGUACCAUACCCUCCAAAGGCUUAGUAACUUGUCCGAGGACACACAGCUCGAGAGUGGAGGGACCGGAGCUGCAUUCAGACAUGGGACCUCUCUGCCUGCGAAGUCUCUGCUGUGUCACUCUUCCAUGUUGUUUUCCCCAGGAUGUUUGCAGCACCAACAAUCAAGGAGGCAAGCAAGGCAGCUGUACAAUGGAUUGCCAUCAUGAGUAUGAAUUCCUCCAGAAAGAGUUGUUAGUUUUCCUAGAAGUUCUCUUGGACCUAACCAUCAAUCACAGAAGAGGUCAACUCCCACAGCUGAGGGAGUAAAAUCAUAAAACCAGAGAUCUGUGAGCCUAUGUCAUGAGAUCACAUAAAGCUCUGGUUUUUGCCUUCAGUCUCCAGAAGCAGAAACCUGUAUCUCUGCCUGAACUUUGCUCAGCCCCUACUUCGUUUUUUUGUUUUUUGCGGUACGCGGGCCUCUCACUGCUGUGGCCUCUCCCGCCGCGGAGCACAGGCUCUGGACGCGCAGACCCAGCGGCCAUGGCCCACGGGCCCAGCCGCUCUGCGGCACGCGGGAUCCUCCCGGACUGGGGCGCGAACCCACGACCCCUGCAUCGGCAGGUGGACUUCCAACCACUGCGCCACCAGGGAAGCCCUCAGCCCCUACUUUGUACAGCUUUUUUUAGGGUUAUAUGAAUUCUCUUGUGGCUUGGUACUAUGCUCACUUCUUUAUGCUUAAGAAAAAACCCUUGAAAAUUGCUGCCACACAACAUUGGCUGUCCUUUGGGUUCCAUUAGACUUGUUAAAAGAACCCUCUAAACUUUAUCAACGAAAUGACUUUCCUCAAAAUUGAAAAACAUACAAAUAAAAACAACAAUGACAAAACACACCUCUCCUAGAGAUGUUGACAGAGCCUUAGGGGUGAGUCACCCUGGCAUUCCCAAACAUGUCAAGCUUGUUCCUUCCCUGGGAAGACUGCAUUUGCCAUCCUUUCUGCCUUGAAUGCCGCCCCCACUCCCACCAACCCCUACCCUCCUGGCUGACUCCCUUCUCCUUCAGGUUUCAGCUCACUGGUCACUUCUUCAAAAAAGUCUGCCCUGACCCGACCACUUUAUCCAAGGGUUUCCUCACCCCACUACCUCGGUUUGUUUUCUACAUAAUACUUGAGCAACCCUUUAGGAGACUGAGGUUGAAAAAAUCCCAAUUGUUUGAGAUCACGCACUUAGGAAAUGGGUGACCUGAGUCUAAAAUCCUAGUCUAUAGGUUUCCAAAUGAAGGUCCUUUAUGUUUUUCACUCCUAGCCAGAUUCUGCUAAUCAAAUCAUCUAAUCCACUAGGGAAAAGAAUGUAACAUGUUGUAGAGCAUCCAUGUUUGAAUGUAGAGUACUCAAAGGGCUAUCCAGAAUCUCCCAGCUCUACUUCCUUGCCAUCUCCUUUCGAUUCUCUCUCCUUAGUGUUUCAGCUUCAUGAAGAAUCUGAUAAAGCCCUGGCCUGUGAUAAAGGCUGCACACAUGUUGACUAUGGAAACUCUUGAGUUUGAAGUUGUGGCUAAGGGUGACAGUACUGCCGGAAGGUCUCACAUAACGUUGCAUGUAUUAUGCACGGCACAACUCAAGGGGGCGCCAUUCACAUUGUAUCACAAGCCAAAAGUGGUGGUUCUGUGUGAUAUCAGGAAGGCUUUGUGGGUAAGUGAGGACUUUUCCUUGUGUAACCACAAACAUGGGCAUGCAAUGAAGAGUCCCACCUGUCCCCCUCCAAUCAGUUCUUAAAUCCCUGCACGCUCUCUUGGCUGUAUCUCUUGAGUAGAACUUCCUCUCCUCCAAGACGCUGGCCACCACCUGCCUGAAUAUAAGAAUCUCUUAUCUGGUCUGCCCAACUGAAGUCUCUCUUCUGGUUUUGCUUCCCAAGGUCCCUAUGAAUUUUAUCGCCCAACUUGAUCAUGCCACGUCCAUGGUCAGAAACCUUUCACAGUCUAAAUUAUCUACCAAAUAAAAUACACAUUGUUUAGUAAGGAAUUUAAGACUCUUUGCACUGGCCACAUCUGGCCUCAUCUCAGACAUUUCUCAUCCUUGUACUCUAUAAUGCAGCCAACUGUCAUUUCCACACUCAGUAACUCACUUAUUAUUCCCAGCACUCUGUAAUUCACUUAUUCGCAGCAUACAACAACCCCUUUCUCACCACAAUACCUUUUCCCAUGCUGUUUUCUCUAUAAUUGUUACUCUUAUCUUCAUACACCCAAAUCCCACCUAUUUCUCAAGAUCCAGUUAUAAUGCCACCGGAUCUGCCAAAACAAAUGGGAGACCUCUUUUAUCUGCUCUACAUACCCAUCCUUUGGGUAGCAGACAGUUCUUUCUACCUUGUAUUAUCGUCCAGUAGUGUUUUAAUUUCUUCCAGUGCCUCCACAACCCCAUUUAACUAGGAGCACAUUCUCUGAGGGUAGGGGCCAAGCCUGAUUCAUUUCAUUUUCCCACGCUAUACGCAGCACAGGGCCAUGGUUGAGUCUCCACAAGCAGCUGUGGCAUGAUUGAAUAAAAAAUAUAAUCACUGGGACAUUUUGUUGAUUUAUUUCUCCUUCUUUGUCUGUGAACAUCUGUUUUCCAUUCAAUACAAAGAAGCUUAACUAAAACAUUAGGGCUAUGAAUAAAAACAACCAAAAGUAUAAAAGUAUAGUGAUUCCAGUGUUGUGCUUAAUGAGUUUGGCGCAUAGGUAUAUACAUAUAUAUAUACAUGGUUCGUAUAGCGGGUGGGGGAGGUGCGCUGUGGACUUAGAAGAGCUAGGUAUAUGCUACAAAGACCAUCUUUAUAUGUAGAGGACACUAGAGGUUUAUUUGUGAGUGAAAAGGCUCUCCUAGAAAGGUACUCAACCCGAGGGAAGAGAGAAUUGAGGCAAGCAAACUUUUUCGAAAACCAAACAAUGGAUAUUAGGGAACGGGGGGAGAAUUUCAGUAUAAUUGGCUCUGUAUUUUCCGAUUUGUUCUCUGGUUUCACCCUAUCUUUACCAACUUUUGCAGGGGCCCAAGGAACAGAAAGCUGUGAUGAAAAGAGAGAGAAAGAGAUAAAAAAUAGAGAUAGGGAUAGAGAUAAAGAUGGAGAAAGAGAUAGGGAUAGAGACAGAGAUAGGGGUAGGGGUAGAGAUAGAGAUAGGGGGAGGGAUGGAGAUAGGGGCCCACUCUGUGGUCGGUGUGUCAGAGUGUGAUAAAAGCACAGUGGAGGGAAUCCACCUGUGGCCUCUGUCACUUUGCAGUGUUGCGACUGUGUGAGCACCAGAGGAAGAUGCAUUUUGCUACUGGCUGAGGGUGUCACACAGAGACCUAUAAGUAUUAUAAACAGUCUGAGCAUGUCUCCAAAUGGCUAAGGGAGGUAGAAAGUGGCGAAAGAAGAUGAAAAAUGGGGAGGUGUGACUAGAGUGGCGUGCAAUUUGGGGUCCCCUGCAACCAACCUCCAGGUCAGAUAAAGCCCACAGAAGCUUCAUGGAAGCAGCAGAGAUCAUCUUGGAGUGGUGCUCUGUGUGUCUGUGUGGGACAGAAGAGCGUCCUGUCACCAGGAGCCCUACUGCAGUAUUCCGUGGAUCUUCUCAGUGAUUCAGGAGAGACUUCAGCGUGGCACUGCUUCUGUGAUCCUGUUUGUGACUACGAUAGGGAAACAUAGGUUAGAAAGAUAGGAGAGAGACCUAUCCAGGAGGUGAAGGUGCAUUUCAUGGAAGCAUAUGCAGGAACAUUUAGGGGUAAAGCACUCUGAGAAAACAGCUCAGAGCCCCAAGGCCACGCCAUGUUCCUGGUCUGCUCAGGAACUAGGCAAAGUACAAGAUAAAGUGGCUCCACAGCUGGCUGGAUGCUUUUUCCUGAAAGCUGAGUCCGUUCUCUCUUGACCCAGCUCAAGGUUAGCCUUGAGAAUUGGAUAAGGGCUUCUUAAAUAGCCUCAAGAAUUCAGCCACAAUCUAUGACUAAUUAGAAACUGGUUUGAUCUGGGGACAAUGUUAUAGGUUCAGAUCCUCCCUAGAGGGAUCCUGUAACCUAUUUGGUCUGGAUGCCAAGAGUCAUACUUGACAAAGGCCAAAUAUUUGUGUCUGCCCUCACCUAACCCUAGCACAGUGGGUGUCCCAGGGCAAACUGGGUAGCUCAGGCCUGCACCUGGAGCCUGUGCAGGUAGGCAGAGCUGGCUUUUGGGGGCGUAGGAACAGCGAUGCUAGCUGAGGUCAUGUGCUCACGACAAGUACCCCAUGUCUGACCUCAUCAUGCGGGCCACACAGCGCUCAGAUAGAUAAAGUCAAUCUCAAAAGUGUCGCUUUCGGGCAAUGGCAUAUGGCAGCUAAGAGUAUAAGCUUAGGAGUCAGGCAGGUCUGAGCUCUAACCCAGAAUUCUCUGAUUUGUGAUUUUGAACAAAUUAGUUACUAUGUCUGCAUCUUAGUUUCCCUGACUAUUGGCAUGAGCAUAUAAUUCAUUACCUCAUUCAUAACUGCAAAAAUCAAAAGAGAUUAAAUGUGGCACAUAAUUUUUCCCCUACAUCUCUCAAAUCUUUUUUUUUUUUGAUAAAAGAACAUUUCAAAAUUUAUUUUGGCAUAGAGUAGAUAUUUACAAGGUUCUUAGCAAGGCAGGUGGGUAGCGUCCUCUGAUCUGACCUUAAGACGUGACAUCUGGUUUUAAGUGGUCAGAGAAUUAAAGCUUCCAAAUCUGCCGAGUUAGCAACUCUAGAAAAAUCUGUAGGGAUGGUGACUUAAGACGAUGAAUAAUCAGUGAAGAAAAGGGAAGGUAAUUCUUAGAUAACAGAAUCUUCAACAGUGAAGGCUUUAAAAUGAAAAGAAUUUUGUGUCCUCAAUUUUGUUCUGUGUCUUGUUCCGUGGAGGCACAACAUUAUUAUGGUAUGUAAGGCUUGCAGUGGUUUAUGCCUUACUGAGUUUCUUUACUCACUAUAGCCUUGUAUGGCAAGGAGUCCCUCAGGCUCACACACACACAAAAGUCUGUGUUGUCAUGAGAAACCCGAGUCCCUCCAAAAGAUGCCCCACUGAUUCAAAAGCCAGACACUUCUUUGUCAACAAAGACAUCUGGGGCGAAAAGUCUGGAGGGCAAUCUGCACUUGGCUCAUUGGUAAGUCUUAAUCACAGUCCCUGUUUAUUUGGUUCUUACUGACAUUAAUGUGAAACAUCAGCAAUUUUGCUUCCAAGACAGAAUCCAUUGACUUAAUUUUCUCACUUCUUUUUCAUUUGUGCAAUCAGAAAUUCAUUCAUAUGAGGAAGAGGCAGUUACUACCUAUGGAAGAACGCCAGAGAAAGCAGUGGUCGGACUGAUUGCUUUUUGGCAAAGUCUGAACUCAAGAUUUACCAAGGGAAGCCCAUGUAAGUGUGACCUGAGGGGAAGUUACAAGUGCCAGAGCAUUGCUGAGCCUGGAAACUGGAAUUUCAGUUACCUUGUAAGGUAUUUCAGAGAAAAUUAUACAUAUGCAAACGCAAGGAUGAUGUAUCACCAUUUUGCUAAAACGGAGGUGAGUCAAAAAAGAUCUUGCUGUGGACUUUCCUGGUGGUGCAGUGGUUAAGAAUCCUCCUGCCAGUGCAGGGGAUAUGGGUUCAAGCCCUGGUCUGGGAAGAUCCCACAUGCUGUGGAGCAACUAAGCCCAUGUGCCACAACUACUGAGCCUGCACUCUACAGCCCACGAGCCACACUACUGAGCCCGUGUGCCACAACUGCUGAAGCCCAUGUGGUCUAGAGCCAGUGAGCCACAACUACUGAGCCCGCGUGCUGCAACUACUGAAGCCCAUACACCUAGAAACCUGUGCUCUGCAACAAGAGAAGCCACCACAGUGAGAAGCCCACGCAUCGCAAUGAAGAGUAGCCCCCACUCACCAUAACUAGAGAAAGCCCAGGUGCAGCAAUGAAGACAGAACACAGACAAUAAAUAAAUAAAUAGAUAGAUAGAUAAAU